ACCCGGCGCGCCCCUUGAGACGUCUGCUCCCCACACCAGCUGCCCAUGUGUUGCCGCAUGCAUGCCUCUGCAGAACCAUCAGGCACGCAUUUCUCGCAGCUUAUUGCGCUGCGCGUUUGCCGGACUCUCAACGCGCAGCCACGGCCAAGACCGCAUCCAGCCACAGCGCGGCUUUAACCAAGCGGUCGGAGGCGGAGAUCGGAGGGAUGUUCUCGAACUUGUUGCGCCAGGUCACGAGUGUGAACAUGCUGCGCUGCAAUUCAAAGAUUCCUUCCUGCGAGCGGCUCACGAUUCACGAUUGUCUGCGAACCCUUGACCUCACACACCGAUGCAGAUCACUCAGGGAGUCGGUCACACUCCAUUGGAAGAGCCUCUCCUGCCUCAGCAAAGAAAUGACACAGCCUGUCUCUCAUCAAAGCUCUUAGUCGUAUAGCAUACAGCCGGUGCAGACAUUCU